UGUACCAGGAAGAUGGACCAUUUCUGUCCGUGGGUGGGCGGUGUUGUCGGCGAGAGAGCUUUCAAAUUCUUCAUGCAAUUUCUCUUCUAUACCAUGAUCUUUACGGCCUAUCUUACUGGAAUACUUGCAUGGGUUGUGCAAUCAUACAAAGGCGACGUUCACUUAUUCGUGGCGAUAGGUCUUGCAGGCUUCUUUCUUCUCUUCUCGGCAGGCAUGGUGAUGAAUGGCUUGAACAUGGUGUUCAAGAACGUGACCACCAUCGAGCUCGUCAGCAAAAGGAUCUACAUGGCUGUGAUCCUCCCUCCUGAAAGACAAACGGAACUCCUGGCUCCUCCUCCGCUAGCCAAACUGUCAUCAGGCUCCUCCGACCACGAAAGCGAACGACCUACCACUUCCGAACUGGACGAUCCAUCUCACAUCAACUACUUCCAACGGCAGCAAUCCUCAUCAUCACGGCGAAACCCCUCCCCGUCAAAGCCGUCCCGUCGUAUCUGGAAAGGCGCCAUCACGUACCCACUUCAUCUCCCCACCGAUCGGCCUCCCAUCCCAGCUCCUCCACAACGAGCAUUUGCCAUUCUUCAACUUCCGCCUGGUCUUAACCCUUGGAACCUGGGUAGCGUAUAUGCGAACUUCACUGCAGUCUUUGGCGAAUUCGUCGUCGACUGGCUUCUCCCUCUCAAGCAUUCUCCGUGCUGUGAUCACUCCUCGGACAUAUCGGAGUAUCCGCUUGGUCCAGAAUUCGAGCUUAUGUUGAGAGACGCGGGACUGGCGAAUCAUGAUAGUAGCAACGAGAGAAGAGGGAGCCUGACAACGGGAGUCACGAGCAGCAGCGAGAGGAAGCGUCGGCGAAGAGUUUUGGAUAAAAGCUGGCAGAACGGAGAGCGGCCGGAUGCGUGGGACAGUCAUAGGGAGGCAAGGCGCAUGCGGAAACAAUGGCGAGAGCGUGCGACGGCCUCUAAACAUCCCGACAGAGACCCGGACAGCACCCCGGAGCACGACGAGGCGAAGGAAUGAACUGAACAAAGCAAGCAGAAAAACAUUUACAGCGCAAAUACGACCAUCAUAUCGCUACUGAUCAAGACGACACCAGGAGAUCAGGUAUCAGGCGCAUGUUUCAUUCUCUAGAGUGUUGCCAACUCACAUCAACACUGACACUGCUCGGUGCAGCGACACUUGUUAAU